ACUCAAAGCUGGGAGUAUUUUUCAUUCUCAACCACAGUUUAAGCGAGCAAGAACAGUGUGCCGGGCAGCAAGGGAUGACUGUGACUUUCCUGAACUCUGCACUGGCCGAUCUGCUGAGUGUCCUACAGAUCGCUUCCAAAGGAAUGGACAACCAUGCCAAAACAACUUGGGUUACUGCUACAAUGGGAAAUGUCCCACCAUGACAAAUCAAUGUAUUGAUGUUGUGGGGCCAGAUACAACAGUAUCUCCAGAUAAAUGUUUUGAGAGUAACAUGGAUGCGAAAGAUUAUAGAUCUUGCAGAAUGGAAAAUGGUAUACACAUUCCAUGUGAACCACAGGAUAUAAAGUGUGGCAGGUUAUACUGCUCAACAGUAAACACCACAUUUUGCGUAGCCCGCUAUUUUGCAGAUAGGCCAGAUGAUGGAAUGGUUGAACCUGGAACAAAAUGUGGAGAUAGAAAGGUCUGCAGCAACGGGCACUGUAUUGAUAUGUGAAAAGCCUACUGAGCAAACACUGGUUUGUCUCAAAUUUGAUUUUGGAGAUCCUCCUUCCAGAAUGCUUCCCUCAAGUCCAAAGAGACCCAUUUGUCUUUAUCCUACUAGUAAAUCACUCUUAGCUUCCAGAUGGCAUCUAAAAUUUGCAAUAUUUCUUCUCCAUAUUUAAUCCGAUUUUCUUUUGCUAUAAUUAAACCUUUUACCUGCCAUAAAGCUCCA